UGCGGGCGCCCGGGGAUGCCCGGGGCUGGGGCUGGGGCCGGGGCCGGGGCCGGGGCCGCGGCUGCGGAGGAGGGCGGGGGCCCCGAGGCCGCGCGGGAGCCGGCGCGGCUCUGCGGCUACCUGCAGAAGCUGUCGGGCAAGGGCCCCCUGCGCGGCUACCGCAGCCGCUGGUUUGUGUUCGACCCGCGCCGCUGCUACCUCUACUACUUCAAGAGUCCGCAGGACGCGCUGCCCCUCGGCCACCUGGACAUCGCCGACGCCUGCUUCAGCUACCAGGGGCCGGACGAGCCUCCCGCCGCCGGGGCCGCCGCCGCGGGGCCCGCCUCGGCCGGGAGCGCCGACGAGCCGCCCGCCGCGCUCUUCCAGGUGCACAGCGGAGGAGGCGUCACGGUGCUCAAGGCUCCUAACCGUCAACUCAUGACGUACUGGUUACAAGAACUGCAGCAGAAGAGAUGGGAAUAUUGCAACAGUCUCGAUACUGUGACGGACAGCAGGACCUUCCCAAAUGCUGGUGACUUUUCCAAAGGUCUUGUUGCCAAAGAUAACACAGAUGUAAUUCUCCUGCCUCCAAAUGCCUCUGCAGAGAAAGCCAGAAACGUCCUUUCUGUGGAAGCUGCCCCUGGAGAGCUGGUGGGAGAACAGGCCGCCAGCCAGCCAGCCCCGGCUCAUCCAAGUUCCAGCAAUUUUUCCCUAAAGCAGUGGGGCACUGACAUCAAAAAUUCAAUGUCUUCAUUUCGACCUGGGAGAGGAAAUAAUGACAGCCGGAAGAGUGUGUUUUAUACCAACGAAGAGUGGGAAUUUAUCGACCCCAAUCCAAAGGAUUUAGAGGAGUCAGUGGUUCACGAGCAAAUGAAGAAGCAAAGCUCAGAGGGAAACAAAGGAGUGACUGGCUCCGCAUUCCCCUUUGAUUUUGGCCGUAUUCCCUAUAAAGGAAAGCGACCUUUGAGAGAGAUGAUUGGGUCACACAAAAACCGACAUAGCAGUGGUGAUGCUCCCGUUGAAUGGACUUCAGGCAAUGGCAGUAAAUCGGCUUCUGAAGUGCACCUGAAGCUUCAGAACCAGCAGGAAGAACUGGAAAGACUGAAGAAGGAGCUCUCCAGCCAGAAGGAACUCGUACGACUUUUGCAGCAGACGGUCAGGUCAUCGCAGUAUGAUAAGUAUUUCACUGGCAGCCAUCUUUGUGAUGGAGUCCCAAAAGAGAAACUUGAGCUUCUGCACCAAAAGGAUGAUCAGAUCUUAGGCCUCAGCAGCCAGCUGGAAAAGUUCAGUCUGGAGAAAGACAGUCUCCAGCAGGAAGUCAAGAACUUGAAGUGCAAAGUGGGCGAGCUCAAUGAACAGCUGGGUAUGUUAGUAGAGACCAUCCAAGCCAAAGAUGAAGUGAUCAUGAAACUCUCCAGACAGCUCAGUGAAUGUGAAGGGAAUGCGUCUUCCCAAGCACUCGGCACAGCCACAUCCUCCUCUGUUAACAAAGACCUCCAGGAGCUCGACAGACUGAAAGACAGUCUUCAAGGGUAUAAGACACAGAAUAAAUUUCUGAAUAAAGAGAUUUUGGAACUCUCAACUCUUCGAAGAAAUGCAGAAAGACGAGAGAAGGAUUUAAUGGUUAAGUAUUCUAGCCUGGAAGCCAAGCUGUGUCAAAUAGAAAGCAAGUAUUUGAUUUUGCUUCAAGAAAUGAAGAAUCCCGUGUGCUCUGAAGAGCAGGGGCCUGCCCGGGACGUCAUAGCCCGGCUCCUGGAAGAUGCUUUGCAGGUGGAAGGCCCAGAGCAGCCUGAGCAAGCUUUCAUCAAACCACAUCUUGUCAGUGAAUAUGACAUUUACGGAUUUCGGACGGUCCCUGAGGAUGAUGAAGAAGAGAAGUUGGUUGCUAAGGUACGGGCGCUGGACCUGAAGACUCUGGCUCUCACGGAAAAUCAGGAGAUUUCCACUGGGGUCAAGUGGGAAAAUUAUUUCGCCAGCACCAUGAACCGAGAGAUGAUUUGCUCUCCCGAGCUGAAAAACCUUAUCCGCACUGGGAUUCCCCACGAGCAUCGUUCCAAGAUAUGGAAGUGGUGCGUUGACCUCCACACAAAGAAGUUCAAGGACCGAGCCGAGCCCAGCUACUUCCAGACCCUGCUCCAGAAUGCUCUGGAGAAGCAGAACCCGGCUUCGAAGCAGAUCGAGCUGGACCUCUUAAGAACGCUGCCAAAUAACAAACAUUACUCUUGUCCCACUUCAGAAGGCAUUCAGAAGUUGCGGAAUGUCCUGUUGGCCUUUUCAUGGAGAAACCCCGAUAUAGGAUACUGCCAAGGUUUAAACAGGUUGGCCGCAGUCGCUCUCCUCUACUUGGACCAAGAAGACGCCUUCUGGUGUCUCGUUACCAUCGUGGAAGUUUUCAUGCCCCGAGAUUAUUACACAAAGACUCUCCUGGGAUCACAGGUUGACCAGCGAGUUUUCAAGGAUCUCAUGAGUGAGAAGCUGCCACGGUUACAUGCCCACUUUGAACAGCACAAAGUUGACUAUACUCUCAUCACAUUCAACUGGUUCCUGGUGAUAUUUGUGGACAGUGUUGUUAGUGACAUCCUCUUUAAAAUUUGGGACUCUUUCCUUUAUGAAGGACCAAAGGUCAUUUUCCGCUUUGCUUUGGCACUUUUUAAGUACAAAGAAGAAGCGAUUCUGAAGUUACACGAUCCGAUGGCCAUAUUCAAGUGUCUGCGGCACUUCACUCGCACGGUUCUCGAUGCUAGGAAGCUGAUCAGUAUUGCUUUCAGUGACCUGAAUCCCUUCCCCCUGCGGCCCAUCCGGAAUCGGAGGAGCUACCACCUGGAGAAGGUGCGCCUGGAGCUCACGGAGCUGGAGGCCAUCCGGGAGGACUUCGUGAGGGAGCGAGACACGGACCCCGACAAGCGCGACCUCAUCAGUGAUGACGACGAGGACAGCUGAGCGGAGCCUCGCCCCCCACGUAUCAUGACCAAAGCGAGUUGAGCAGACUGCGCCCAGGCCGGUCCGUUCUUUGAAACAGAGAAUGUAAAAUGUCAGCGUUUGGAAGUCUGCUGGACACAUUUUCAAACGUGACAGCCUUUCUUAAUGCCUGAGUUAGAAUCCCACUCACUUGUUUACAGCCAUUUUCACGCAGUCGUGUAUCAGUUGUGUGUGAAGUUAGAAAAAUUUUUGUCCGUGGCUCGGCAGGCCCGGCAGCGUGUGCACGCUUAGAGCUAUCAUUCCCUCCUCAGACCUGACCUUGCUUGACUCCUCAGCCCCUGGCAAGGCCUCAGCUCAUAGAUAGUCGUUCUGUAGCUGAAGCAGUCUCCAUAUGGAGCAUUUCUGGGGGAUGGAUGCCCGACCUUCCUGACCAGGGUUGUCUGGCAUCUGCUGCAUGGGGGCCAAGCAGCAGAAGGUGCUCUUGAAAGAGGGCAUCCCCCCCCUUUCUGAAGUGCUGUCAUCGAAAUGCUUUUUUCUACACUCAUGUAAAGCCACAGUGAAAAUGCCCCGUGCAACCCUGUGUUUGCAUUUCUCCUUGUCCUUCCACAGGCAUCUUCCCAAACAGGAAUUCAGAAACAAUUUUAGGACUUUGGAACCCUCCACAUACACACUUCUCCCUAAUUCUCAUCCGUAGUAUUUGCCAGUCAUAUUUAUGGUAGGUGCAGAGAGUAAUGGGGCUGCCAUCUUUGAUGGCAUUCAGCUUGUUAGAAUAUAUGUAUCGUAUGUAUCAUAUGUAUGGCAAAUCUCUAUGCUAUGGAGCCAGUACCCAUGGCAGUCAUGGAGUGAUUUGGGGGAGGGGGCUUUACAGUAGAUCUCUUGGCAAAACUCUUUGAUCAGUAUAAGAUUUUACUUCCCAAAGAGGGAAAAAAACCACAUCACACAAACGAGCACAGCUUGGACAUUGACCAGGGAUGCCAGAUGGGUCAAGUGUAGCCAUGUUUCCUCAGUGCCUGGGAAGGCUGAGUGCCCCCCACCUUCAGUUUUUCUCAGAAGUUUCUGUCCCAAGAAAACAAACUGCUUUGGCUCCAGGUGAGUUUUCUUGCAUUCCCUAAUUCAAGCGCCCCUUCUGGGAAUGGGAGGAGGUUUCCAGCACUGCCCUGGCUCUCCAUGUUGUCAGGGUGAAUGGCCCCAUUGGUCCCUGGUUAGUCUUAGAGCAUUUCCUUUGUGAGAAUCUGGAGAAAGGUCUCUCCCAGAGAACCACAUUUUCCUUAAUGUUAGCGAUCAUCUUUGGCCACUUGUCAGCCGGUGGCCAGCUGUUUACAAGGGUGUCCUCCCAGCUGUCAGUGUGCCCUGGGAUGCUGCUUGAUAGUAAAGUGGCUGCCAUCUGUUCUAAUCAAAUCAGAAUGUGGGAGGGCCUUUGUUCUGGGAGACUCCCUGUAGUUUCUAGUAGUAAAUAUGUCCAUUUUGGGUUUAGACAGACUCUAGUUGGAGGAAAUUGUUUUGCGCUUAAUACCAUGGUUCCACUCUAAUUCAUAGACAUUGUAAGGAACAUUUUUAAAAACUGAGAUAUGAAAUUAUAUUUUUUCCAAAGUCCCUACCUUGGAUGAAGACUUCUAGAAAUAAUGAUGUGUGUUCUGUGGACACUAACUUUAAAAUUUGUUCAGUGAUUUCUAGAAAUUCUGUUUUAUAAUCAAGUUUAUUUUUUAAAAAAUGUUUUGUAUUUCCACUCAUUUUUUUAGUUGUCCUAUAAGUUGAGGCUCAGUUUAAUCUUUCUGAUGUUAGAAUUUGGAGUGUUCUUCUUUUGAGGAGGCCAAGCUCUGUAGUGAGCUGUACCUGUAAUAUAAUAGUCUUAUUUCCUAUUCAGAUACUAAAUUCCAUGUGAAAUACAUUCUAAAAUUUAUCCCUGACUGGGAUGGGGAAGGAUGGGUGUAGCUGGAGUUAGCAGAGCACAUGCUUCUUUGGAACUCGGUGGAAAGUCGAGCCUUGCGUUACAAGCCAAUCUGGGACUUCCCCAGCCACUGAUGCACACUGAGCAGUCGCUGACCUCUGCCCUAUGAAGUGAUGGUUCUUAACUUGGGAAACUCCAGAGCGGGAGUUUCCUCAUCUCUGGCAGAUCCAUUGGGGUUAACUUCUCACAAGAUUCUGUUUUUAGAAACAGAUCUUGCAGUUGCUGUUUGAAAGUGAUUCAAGAAAGUUUCUAAAGAGGACAACUGCCACAUGUGGGCUGAAUUUGUAAACUCAGCCCUUUCUUUCUUUCCUUUUUUUUUUUUCUCCCGGUGAGGCAGUUGGGAUUAAAUGACUUGCCUAGGGUCACACAGCUA